AUGGCGCUCUUUGUGGAUCGUAAGUUUAUCCUCGUGGCCGCAAUGGUUUUGGGGCUUUACGCCUCGCAGGCAUGGGCGCGCGAGCUACGCGAGCUGUCCAUGCGAGAAAGACAUGAACAGUGGAUGGCUCGUCACGGCCGUGUGUACAAAGCCGAUGGUGAGAAGGAGAGGCGUUUCAUGAUAUUCAAGAACAAUGUCGAAUUCAUCGAGUCUUUUAACGAGAACAAUACUAGGCCUUACAAGCUAGGCAUCAAUGGGUUCGCAGACCUGACCAACGAUGAGUUCAAGGCCACGCGAAAUGGAUACAAGAGGUCGUCCUCUGUGAGUUCAUCCGGUCCAAAGUCCUUCAGGUAUGAAAAUGUGACCGCAGUUCCGUCUACCGUGGAUUGGAGACAGAAAGGAGCCGUCACACCCGUUAAGGAACAAGGGCAAUGCGGAUGCUGUUGGGCAUUUUCUGCCGUGGCGGCUACAGAAGGGAUCCACCAGCUUACGACGGGAAACCUCGUGUCUUUAUCUGUGCAACAACUAGUGGAUUGUGACACGAAAGGUGACAAUCGCGGUUGCGCAGGCGGCUUCGUCAAUGCUGCUUUCAAGUUCAUCAUUGAUAACGAUGGCCUUACGACUGAAGAUAAUUAUCCCUACGAAGCAGUCAAGGGUACUUGCGAUGCGGGAAAAGCGGAAUCUCCCGCUGCCAAGAUCACCGGCUACGAAGAUGUGCCUUCUAAUAGCGAGUCGGCUCUUUCGCAGGCCGUUGCUAACCAACCAGUCUCGGUUGCCAUCGACGCUGAUGGAAGUCAUUUUCAGUUCUACUCGGGGGGAGUUUUCACCGGCGACUGUCAGACCGAUCUGGACCACGGUGUCACCGUAGUUGGGUACGGGACUAGCGACGAUGGAACCAAAUACUGGUUGGUUAAGAAUUCGUGGGGUGCCGGAUGGGGCGAGAAUGGAUAUAUAAGGAUGAAAAGAGAUAUCGAUGCCGUGGAAGGGCUAUGUGGCAUUGCUAUAAGAGCUGCUUAUCCAACUGCCUAA